UGUAUACCCUAAUUCCAACACUCCCUAGACACAACGCACACACCACAGUUAUCUCGAGUGCCUGAGGGUACCUAGAAGCUUAGAACACAUACCUGCCAGGCACUCAUCUGAAGAUAUAGUGCGGAGGAUGGGGAUUGCCAAUGUCCUUAACUCUAUCGCAGGGCUUUUGCCAUGGGAUUUUGUACUUUGGCAAAUGACCUGUCGAUCAACGCGUCGUUGUAUCCUGACCGGAUCAAAUUCCCGAUCGAAUCUAUGACCGCCAUGGACAUCUGCGGUGUUCGUUCAGUGCACUGGAAACUUGCGUGUCGUCAUGUCAACAAACGGGCAAGACGUGUAGGCACCAAUGACCGCAGUUAUGAUGCUAAUCUACAUCACCACAAGGCUCCUUAACCAAUCCUCGUGACCUGCUCCUGAACCACGAAAGACCACAAACCAUGGCGCACGCUCACGGCUGGCUUCAACUCUCCCUCGCCUGCACUCGACGUUCCUCCUCACAGAUCCUCUAUCGUAACCUUGCGAGCAGCAUCAGAUCUCGUUCAAGCCUGCCUCAUAAGGUCGGCAGUUUGUUAUUCUACAAAUCCUUGACCGUUCGAAGCCAGCCAGCAAGACGAACCCCCAGCUUACGAGCAUCUGUAAGAACCAUGGCGACAGUCAAUGGAGACGAGCAUUUCAUGAAGACUUCCGGUCAGCAUGACCCCGUCUGGAUCCAUAAAGAUCCCUACAUCAAUCGCCCCGAAUUUCGGCAACUGGACAAGGACUUGGAAGCGGAUGUCUGCAUUAUCGGCUCAGGAAUCUCGGGCAUUUCCGUCGCGGAACAACUCGUCAAGAGAAACUACAAAGUGGUCAUGAUCGAAGCUAGAGAUGCCAUUUCGGGUGAGACGAGUCGUACGUCGGGUCACCUGGCAUCUGAUCUCGAUGACGGCUAUACCGAGAUCGCCAAAAAGUUCGGACGUGAGGGAGCCAAAAUAGCAGCUGAAUCUCAUAAUUGGGCUAUCAACCAUGUGGGAGAAGUGUCCAAAGAGCUCGCUAUCGACUGCGAGUAUCGCAAGCUACCAGGGUACAAUAUCUCGCAGUACCCCAAAGGAACAAAAGAGCACGAUGAAGAAAUCGAGACCUUGAAAGAGGAGGUCAAGGUUGCUCAAGAAAUCGGUCUCGAUGCAAAGUAUGUGGAAGACGCAACCAUUCGCGGCUGGGACGGGAAACCCGACCAGCGCGAUGCAGCGAUAUACAACGGUCAAGCAACGUUCCACCCCACCAAGUACCUCAACGGCGUUCUGAAUUGGCUGAGGAGACAACGCAACUUUGACUGCUACACGCGCACGCGGAUGACUUCGAUCAACGAAAAGGGUGUCGAUGUGCCUUUGACCGACGUCCAUCUUGGAUCGGACAAGGUGAUUGUGGAAACUGCCAACGGACAUAAGAUCACCUGCAGCCAUGCUGUUGAAGCCACCUGCGUACCGUUGCAGAAGCUCAGCUUAAUUGCCGAGAUGGAGUACCACCGAACAUACUGCAUCGCCAUCCGAGUUCCAAAAGGCAGCGUGGAGGACUGUCUGAUUUACGAUCAAGCAGAGGAGUACAAGUAUGUGCGCCUGACCGAGUGCGAUGACCAAUGGGAUUACAUGGUGGUUGGAGGCUGUGACCACAAAGUGGGACAAGAGGAUGAAUGGGACGAACGAUACAAGGAACUGGAAACAUGGACCAGGGAAAGAUUCACGAAUGCUGGGUCGGUAGAUUACAAGUGGUCCGGGCAGAUUUUCGAACCUGUCGAUUACAUGGCAUUCAUCGGAAAGAAGUCGGGAUGCACACGCACAUAUACGAUUACCGGCGACUCAGGAAACGGGCUUACUCACGGCGUGCUCGCAGGGAAACUGAUCGCCGACGAGAUCCAAGGUAUUAAGAAUCCUUGGGCCAAGGUGUACGACCCCAAGAACCGCAAGACGACCCUUAUCAGCAAAGCCCCCGAUAUCCUCCAGCACGAUCUCCAGAUCAACGCACAGUACAAGCGGUUGGUGAAGUCAGACAUCAAGGAUAUCGAAGACUUGGGCUGUGAUGAAGGUGGCGUUUUAAAUCCUACCAUGUCCAAACCUCAAGCUAUCUACAAAGACAAGGAUGGCAAGGUGCAUAGGCUCAGCGCCCUAUGUCCGCACAUGCAGGGCGUGGUAUGCUGGAAUAACGAUGAGAAGAGCUGGGAUUGCCCCGUUCACGGUAGUCGUUUCAGCAAAUAUGGUACCCAGCUCAUUGGGCCAGCGAAAAUGGGCUUGCAGCGUUUGGAUGACGAGUGAGUUAGAAACCGUUCUUCCUGAAGUAGCACGGAGCUUUAGGCGUCAACAGAGAUACUGAAGCAAUGAAAUAAUGUAUCACUCAACGCAUUCCCAUA